AUGACUCCAUCUCAGGAAGGCCCGAUCAUUGUCGAGGCACCACCCUCACUUUCAUUGAAGCCUCAAUCGCUAGAUCAUGAUCGAGCCAAAGUCAAAAAUGCCACUCAGCACGAGAACGAGUGGUACCGAUCUCAUUUCGAUUCGAACGGGUACACUAUUCAGGAACAGUCGCUGCACACCCAACGGCCGAUGCGCAUGCUGAUUGUCGGAGCGGGAGCAGCUGGUCUCCAGAUCGCGUACAAAGCCCUCAGACAGCUCUCCAACGUGACCUUCACCAUUUAUGAGAAGAACGCAGAUGUUGGUGGCACUUGGUUGGAGAACAGAUAUCCUGGAUGUACGUGCGACAUCCCCAGCCACUCGUACCAAUUCAGCUUCUGGCGGAAACCCGAUUGGAAAAGCUACUACGCCGGCGCCGAGGAGAUCAGGCAGUAUCUGAAGAGUUUUGCCGUGCAGAAUGACCUGGAAAGAUAUGUAAAUUUCGGACAUCGAGUCGAAGAGGCUCGGUGGCUCCAGGACCAGGGUGUGUGGCAAUUGAAGGGCAAGAGAGCGGAUGGGUCCGAGUUUUUGGACCAGGGCGAAAUCCUAGCCUCGUGCCAUGGAGUUUUGAACUCUUGGAAAUAUCCAGAUAUCCCCGGCAUUGAGCGUUUCCAAGGCAAGGUUAUGCACAGUGCAGCUUGGGACGAUGGGGUGAAGUUGGAAGGUAAAAGAAUUGCUGUUGUAGGAGGGGAAUCAUCCGCUGUCCAAAUCAUACCAUCGAUUCAGCCGCACGUAGGAAAGCUUUACGCCUUUUUGAGGUCUCCAGUGUGGAUUACCGCAGGAUUUGGCGCCAAACACGCCGCGCCUGGUGGUGUUAAUUUUGACUAUUCCGAAGAACAAAAGGCCGCCUUUGCAUCCGACGAAAAGGCCUUGGAUAAGUAUUGUCACGACGUUGAAGGAGAGCUGAAUAAGCGCUUCACUUUGAUGCACCUCGAUAGCAUUGAUCAGACAACGUCCAGGGAAUUCGUCGCCAAAACCAUGUUGCAAAAGCUUGGAGGCGAUCCGCGCCUGUCUUGUCAUUUGAUACCCAAAUAUGCGCUGGGAUGUCGCCGCAUGACACCCGGGACAGACUACCUGCAGUCACUCUCAAAGCCCAAUGUGGAUGUGAUAACAGACUCCGCCGUUGAGGUGACGAGGAAUGGUUUGUUUGACUCCUCUGGCAAGCUCAUAGAGGUGGAUAUCAUAAUCUUUGCGACUGGUUUCGAUACCAGCUUCAGCCCUCCUUACACCGUCCUUGGGGAGAACAGUCGCAAUCUGCGUCAGGAAUGGGGCAGCUUCCCGAAAGGUUAUCUGAGCAUCAUGGCCGAAGGAUUUCCUAACAUGUUCCACUUCAUUGGACCUAACGGUCCCGCAUCCCACGGUUCUAUCCUUCCGAUCCUCGAGUGGCAUACGCGAUAUAUGUUCAAAGUUAUCUCCCACAUGCAGCGGACAUCCAUCAAGUCUCUGGGACCCUCCGUGGCUGCUGUAAAAGACCUAUAUGUUCACACACAUGAGCUUCUUAAGCGAACGGCUUGGUCAUCGGCAUGCCGAUCCUGGUUUAAGAAUGGCAAGGUCCAUGGCCCUGUCACGGCUAUCUGGCCGGGGAGCCGACUGCACUAUUUUGAGAUGCUAAAGGAGCCUCGAUAUGAAGACUUUGAUAUCCUGUAUCUGGGAAACGGUAAUAGAUUCGCCUAUCUGGGCAACGGAUACACCGAAGCAGAACUUGAUGAAAAUAGCAAUGCCGUGUGGUAUUUCGACGUAUUGGAGAAGGAGCUCGAGCUGAAGAAUAAGGCUUUUGUGCCGGUUGAGGUUUGA